ACAUCGUACUUUGAAAACUCAUUCUAGGAGAGCAGCGAUAGAGUCAUACUGCCGCGGCGGCGCAAGUCCAGUGGAAGUGUAGAAGCAGCUGUUGGUCGAAGGUUGAAUGGAAACCUAUAACGCAUUCGACGAUGAGUUCUCCGAUCAAAUUCCCUCUCUCCUCAACCCUCCUCCGCCUCUUCAAGUUCAGAAAUACUUUGACGAGCUUACAGAAACCAGGCAAUGUGAUGCCCUCAAAGUGAAGCCCAAUGGCGAGUAUGGAAAGGGAGUUUAUGCUGAAAAGAAUUUCAAAGAAGGAGACCUUGUUUUAAAAGACAAAAUGCUUGUUGGUGCCCAACAUUCUUCAAAUAAGAUUGACUGUCUUGUAUGUAGUUAUUGUUUCCGGUUUAUUGGCUCAAUUGAACUUCAAAUUGGAAGAAAACUUUAUUGGCGAGAUUUAGGUGUUUCCACAGAUGAAUGUGAAAGGAAAGAAUUUUCACAUAUACAAAGAGACUACUAUAACUCUGAUCCAUCUGAUGAAGAAGAUUAUUCUGAUGCAGAAGAUCGGAAGGACAUAGGUGGAUGUUCUUCCAGCAGUUCCAAAUCUAAAAUAAGCAUCCCUAAGGUUGUGAUUGAAUCAUUAAUGAAUGGUGACUUACGGUUACCUUAUUCAAAAGAGUUCCCCUUGCCCUCAAUUGUUUCAUGUCCCGGGGGAUGCAAAGAAGCCUAUUAUUGCAGCCCAUCAUGUGCCUAUGCUGAUUGGGAGGAGUUCCAUUCUUUGCUUUGUACUGGAAAGGGGUCAAAAGCAUUAAGCACGGAGGCACUUUUGAAAUUCAUACAACAUGCUAAUGAAACAAAUGAUAUUUUCCUCCCUGCUGCCAAGGUGAUUUCCUUUACCAUCUUGAGGUACAGGAAGUUCAAAGAAGAUUGGCUUUCUGGAAAAGGAAAAUAUGAUACUUCAGGCAAGUGUGAUUUUUCUUUUCUGUUGGAGGCUUGGAAGCCUGUAUCAAUGGGAUAUAAGAAAAGGUGGUGGGAUUGCAUUGCUUUGCCUGAUGAUGUUCACCAUAGUGAUGAAGCUGCAUUUAGACUGCAAAUAAAGGAGCUCGCUAACAAGUCUCUGCAGCUCCUGAAGGCAGCCAUCUUUGACCAAGAAUGCAAGCCAUUGUUCUCUCUUGAAAUUUAUGGCCAUAUUAUUGGAAUGUUUGAACUGAAUAACCUUGAUUUAGUUGUAGAGUCGCCAUUGGAGAAUUAUUUUCUUCACAUUGAUGAUCUUCCAAACUCUGAAAAGAGAGAAGCUGAGCAAAUAACACGGCCUCUUUUGGAUGCUCUUGGUGAUGACUAUUCAAUUUGCUGUCAAGGUACUGCAUUUUUCCCCUUACAGAGUUGCAUGAACCAUUCCUGUAAACCUAAUGCGAAAGCUUUCAAACGAGAAGAGGAUUUGGAUGGCCAGGCAACAAUAAUUGCUCUCCAACCGAUACAAAAGGGAGAAGAGAUCACUAUUUCAUAUGUAGACGAGGACCUUCCGGUUGAGGAGAGACAGGCAUCGCUUGCAGACUAUGGUUUCAGAUGUAAAUGCCCCAGAUGCCUUGAAGAAGAGCAAUUGAAGGCGUAAUUCUAGCUUUAUUUUAACUUUGAUAUGGAUCAAAUGCAACUAUAUCCCAAUUUUGUGUAGUCAGUUUAUUCACUCUUCGAUUUCUUGUUACUUCAUAUGAUGAUAGCAUUAGAACCAUAGUAAAACACAGCUUCUUAGAAUCUGAACCAAUUCUCUUUUCCAUUGUUUUAUGUUGAAGAUAAUAUGUCCUUGUAUAA